CCCACAGCUCAGUCUCAUUUGCUAACAAGGUCACCUGACCCCAGGUUGAUUGAGUUGAGCGCCUAAAUGGAGCUACAGACUACUUUUACAUAUACGACAAAACGAACUGAUAAACGCCAUCGGCAACUUAAUCAGCAACUAAAUGCCAGGAAGCGGAUUGAUUCACGGUACCCGGAGGUUAUUAAACGCCGAGCAGCAGCUGAGGACUCCGGGUCCGUUUGAACAGCUUGGGCAGCAGAUGAGUGAUGUCUUGGGAGAUGGAGGGAUCCUGAAAGAGGUGGUCCAACCUGGAGAGGGUCCACCUGUACCCCAGAAUGCUUCAGUAAUCAUGCAUUUCUCUGGUUUCCUGGAAUACUCUGAUGAGCCUUUUGAAACUACCACAGACCUCAAGUACCCCCCGAUUAUGAAGUUAGGCAGAGAUGUGACGCUGGCCGGACUGGAACUUGGUUUGCUGACCAUGAAGAAGGGAGAGUUCUCUCGUUUCCUCUUCCAGCCCCAGUAUGCAUACAGGGACAUGGGUUGUCCUCCACUCAUUCCCGCUGCUGCUGUGGUGCUGUACGAGGUUCAUAUCCUCGACUUUCUCGACUCUGGACAAGUGGACGACUUUAUGGCGAUGAGUCAGGAGGAGCAGAAUACAGUUCCUCUGUACACACUUCUUGAAGUUGUCAGCACAGUACGCAGCUUUGGCAACCGCUGCUUCAAUCAGAGCCGUUACGGUAACGCCAAAGAUCGCUAUAAACAGGCAGUGAUGCUGCUGAGGAACAGGGAAACACAAGACGAUGCAGAGAAGGACAGGAUCCAGACAGCACUACUUCCUCUCUAUCUGAACCUUUCUCUCACUGAGCUCCGUCUGGACAGCCCACACAAAGCCCUGAAAUACAGCAACAAGGCCUUGGAGAUAGACUCUGCCAACACCAAGGCGCUUUUCCGCUGCGGACAGGCGUAUCUGGAGCUGUGUGAGUACCAGAGCGCCCAGGAUUGCCUCAUAACUGCUCAAGCAAAGAAGCCCUUUGACAGUGACAUCAACAACCUACUGAGGGAAGUGACAACAUGCUAUAAAGACAGCUUGGAUAAAGAGAAAGACAUGUGCGCCAAGAUGUUCAGAGACCUGAGGAUCAAGUGAACAUCCAAAGACUUGAAGAUGGAGAUAACUGUUUCGGUAUUCUUGAUUUUUGUGUUUUGAUUCAGUGUAAAAUAAAUGACCUCAGCUGCCCAAA